CGAAUCAUCUAUUUUGUGUUAAAAAAAAGUCAUAUUAUAAUUUUGCUGCAAUGAGUAAAUUGGGAUUAUUCCUGUUUGUCUUUGCGCUGUUUGUUUGCUACAUUUCUGCUAACUCUGUUGGUCCUAUCGUUACAGCUGGCGAACCUGUAAGAGUCGAAAGAGAGGCAUCAGCUCAACCAGAUCCUGGACAUAGAUACCAAAAUCAUCGCGGUAAUGGAGGAUACCAACAUCAUUACCAACAUCACUAUCCGUCCAAUUAUAACAACCAUGGUCACGGAGGUUGGGGUGGAUCACGACGUGGAUAUUGA